AUGGACGAUCCGGGCUGGUCAUGGCCCGCCUGGAAGUUUGGCAUGAAAAGGGAAGACCUGUCAACCAAGUUGCACGACCAGUACAACACCUUCCCGUCCACGAUCCAAGACCCCGAAGCCUUCCACCACGACGUCUUCGAGGUAGCCAUCACCGCAUCGACGACCGAAGAAUUUCACGAACUCCUUUCUGCACGGAAGCAGCAACGGCUUCGUGAGCUGAACGAAUCCCUCGAAGCUGCCGCCUUCGAGAUCAUCGCUCACCCCAAACUCGUCGGGACCGAACAAUGGCAGUACGCACUUCAGCUCUUCAGGACUAGGUCGUUCGACUCACUCGUGAGAUACUUUUCGAGCUACCUACCCGAGACCUACUUGGAUCAUCAUCACCAAACUCCAGGCGGGAACAACCGUUCCCAUACCCCCUUGUCCACCGCGUCGUCGUACGCCGACUACAGCAGUGUGGCCAGCGCGACGACCGACCCCAGCAGCAUCGAUGCUGACGACGACGAUUAUGACGAUCACGAAGCACAUGCCCUUGUACCAACAUUUCUUUCUCAGUAUUCUUCAGAUAAGCCUGUUUUCACCGAUGAACCUGAAGAUAUCGUCAGCCCUGUGCAAGACGCGUUGUCUUGCCGACCCCCUCGCAUUGAUACCCGCGUUCCUUUGUCACCCGAAUCUAUAACCGAGGACCCCGACACUGCUGCAUCGUCACCUGUUAACACGACCCAUCAACCUCAGCACCCUACCAUUCUCCAUCCGAGCCCGAAGCGACCACUCGUAUCUUUUGCCAGCUCUCAUAACGAAGAAGAAGGAGAAGAAGAAGAACGCGUAGUAUCUCUAACCACAUCUUCAACAUCAUCGUAUGUGGACAUUCGUCCGACGCUCCAAGGCCCACAGUCUCCUGCGGUGUCGGAGGCAGACUUGUCUGACAGCCGAUCGUCGGUCGAAUCUAUCACCUUUUCAGAAUCGGAACCCAGCCGAAGGGAUUCUCGCGACUCUCGCGGUUUCUCUGCCCAGGAGGAUGACGAUGAUGAGGAGGAGGAAGACUUUCCUACCACCCAAUCGCCCAUUGAUAUGUAUGAUGAGAUGGAGGACAUGUGCCCAUUCACUGUUGUUGAAGACACAUCCAGCAUACUACCCACUUCGGAAGUCUACGACUUCUUGGACUCGGAGACUGCCACUCCCAAACCCGAAGGUUCAGCCGAAGAGGCGAAGAUGAUGAACAAGGAGAGGAUGGAGAGGAGGGAGGAGGAGGAGGAGGAGGAGAAAGAGGAGGAGAUGCGGAGGAGAGGAUGGAUCAUUCCUUCGCUCGAUGCUUCGUGUUAUAUCCGCUAA